AUGGCGCAACGCCGCUCUCUUAGGGAACAAGACAAGGAAGCCACCGUCUAUAUUGGCAAUAUUGAUGAGCGCGUUACUGAUAGCUUGGUAUGGGAAUUGAUGCUACAAGCUGGGCGCAUUGUCAAUGUACAUUUACCCAAAGAUCGCGUCACUCAAAAUCAUCAGGGCUAUGGAUUUGUGGAAUUUAUAUCGGAAGAGGAUGCUGAAUAUGCGGCGCGCAUUAUGAAUCAAGUGCGGUUAUUUGGAAAACCAAUCCGUGUGAACAAGGCCUCUGCCGAUAAACAAAAGACUGUUGAAGUGGGCGCCGAGCUGUUCAUUGGUAAUCUUGACCCUAUGGUGGACGAAAAGACCCUAUACGAUACCUUCUCGCGCUUUGGAUCUCUCAUCUCUCCUCCCAAGAUCGCUCGCGACGAAUCCUCUCUUUCUAAAGGUUACGGUUUCGUAUCCUAUGCCAACUUCGAAGCUUCCGACGAUGCAAUCGCAAAUAUGAACGGUCAAUAUUUAAUGAACAAAGACAUCUCCGUUCAAUACGCAUACAAGAAAGAUGGCAAAGGAGAAAGACACGGAGAUGCAGCCGAGAGAGCCUUAGCAGCCCAAGCAAAGAAACACAACGUAAUUCCAGAUCUACAAAACAUGCCUCCAGGAUUAUUAUUAGGCAUGAAUGGAAUCCCACAAGCUCCAGCAGCAAUGUUGAACGACUCUCCCAUACCUACCGCACCCCCAGGAUUUCCACCACAACGUCCCGCUUACAAUUCCGUCCCUCCCCCCGGUGGUCCACGCGGUGCUCCAGGGGGACAGCCCCAGCAUCUCCCACCUCCUCCAUCUGGCCUCCCUCAAAGACCACCCCCUUCGCAAGCCGGCUAUGGUGGCCCACAAAUGGAUUUCCACAAUCAACAUGUUCCACCCACUGGUCCAGGCGGAGCAUACGGACAUCCUACUACUGGACCUGCACGAGGAAUUCAGUUCCCACCUGGAUUCGCUCCACCGGGAGGUAUGCCAGCUCCUGGACAACCAGGAAUGGUUCCUCCGCCCGGUUUAUUAAACAUGCAAGCACCUCCUGGAUUUGGAGGUGCUCAGGGAAUGCCGAUGGGGAUGCCACCAGCGGGACCACAAGGUCAUGGAGGACAAGGUUAUGGGAGGAGGUGA